AUGGGACUUUUCCAAUAUUCUACAUUUCGAAGAUUACAUGGGUAUCGGAAACCUUUUACUAACCCUGGUAUUCCAGAUAAAUAUCAAAAUCUCGUUCAUGAUGCUGUCGAUCUGAAUCCAGGUCUUCAACCCAUGUUCUCAAAAAGGUUGAUAGAUCUUCAGCAUGUCUAUAAGAAUGUACGAAAAAUGUCUGCAUCUAAAGAACAAUAUGAAAAGCAGACAUUGUACAAAUAUUUCGAUGCUUAUGACAACUUGGUUAAUCCAAAAGCAAAGCUUGUUACAUUUCAAAAGGAAGCCACAAAUUAUGAUGAGGAUUUUCCUGAUGCACAACUUCAUUAUGCAGGAUAUUAA